ACAAACAAUGGGCAAUUGCUUAAAGAUAAAUGGUUCUGACGAUAUAUCACUCCUUCGGGGCAACAACGAUACUAUUAGUAUACAGGAACACAAUGGGACACUUUCAAUAUAUCAGAAUGAACCAUUGCCGCAAGUAUUCUAUCCAGCGUCGUCUCCAGAUAGUCGAUCCGUCGAUACCACCAACCAAAUGGAAGAUCACAUUAAAAUAGCGAAACGCAUUGGCCUUGUUCAGCACCUACCGAUUGGCACUUAUGAUGGCAACGCGAAAACACGGGAGUGUGUUAUUUGUAUGGUUGAAUUUUGCGUAGACGAGGCUGUUCGCUAUUUACCAUGCAUGCACAUUUAUCAUGUUCAUUGCAUUGACGAUUGGCUGAUGCGAAGUCUAACUUGUCCCAGCUGCUUGGAACCUGUCGAUGCGGCACUGUUAACGAGCUAUGAAACUACAUAGCCAACAACAAGUGUGUUUUUGUAACAGCAGAAAGACUUCCAUGCUGCUUUUCCUGCUUUUACAAAAUAUGCAAUUACUAAAAAUCAUUUUGUAUUGUUCUCCAAUCAUCUAAACACCUGAUUGUUCUCCAAUGUUCUAAACACCUGGUCACAUUUUAACAUGUUCGAAUUAAUUUAAUUUGACUUUAAAUUAAAUACUACAUACCAACUUGUAUCUACUAUAUUAGAUAAUAUAUACAUAUAUUGUACUGUACAUAAACUUCAGAAAUGUAAAAAUUGAAUCGUAGAUGAUAAUCUGUAUUUGUAUCUAGCAUAAUAAUAGGAAUAUUAAAC